CUUCACUCCGCCACUACCACCUCGACCACGAUUGUUGCAAGCCAUUAAUCCUAAUGGCUUCCUCAACCUCAAUACCGCGAAUCCUACUCCCACGUGCACAGCUCCUCCGCCCCCAUACCCGCCUUUUCCGACCUACUCUACUGCUCUCCGCCCGCCAUGCAUCCAGCAAAGACGCCACCAAGCCGAUCGUGCUUGAGAAGCCCGAGAAAUUCAAUCCACCAUCGCAUGGACGCCGGCUACCAAAAGCCAAGCCGAAGUCCUAUGGGCCGGAGCUGACGGCGACCCAGAAAGAGAUGAUGGCGAGAAAGAAGUACCCGCAUAUGAUGCCGCCGAAGAACAGUUUUCUGUACAAGUUCUUGCACGAUAGGUGGAUACAUACUUGGAUAUCGUUGGGUAUUCUCCUCACCCUCGGCAGCUGGGCCUUCUACAUAAACUUCAUCACCACAACACCCUACGCCGACCUCGUCCCCACCCGCGCCGACUUCAAGUCCCACCCAAUCGACUCGUUCUUCAAAUUCAUCGAAGUCUAUAAAAUGCACGUUGCGUACGUAUCUGCGCAGACCGCCGAGCGCCGCCGCAAGAAUGUUGAGGACGUCACCAAGCGCGCUGAGUAUCGCAAGGCGCACGGCCUGGACCAGAACCAGGGUUUCGGUGGGUGGACGGCGAAGAGUGAUGACGAGAUGCUGGGGCCUGGUCUGAGGGCCGCCGACAGGAUUGUAGCGGCGGAGGGAGAUGGUGCGUCGCCUGUGGCGGGGGAGGACCGGCCGGCGGAGGCGGCGUAUAAGAAGCCGUUGAAGAAGUGGUUAGGGAUUUGGUAAGGUGGGGAUUUUGGGCAGGGAGGGAAAUGUAUAUAUUACGGUGCUGGGACUGUGCUAUACUGUACAUUAUGAAGGUGGUGGGAUAUCUUGGUUUGCUCCGCUCCUCUGCGUCAUGAUCUUAUGAGUUGAUCGCGCCACGGCAGCAGAUUUCUUCUGGUUGAGUAUACUCUCUUAGUAUGAAGCGCGUGGAAAGCUAGAAUUGUUCACGCUUUGGAUCCGUUUGGUUUAUCGUGAAGUAGAUGCUCUUGGUUUAAAUAGCAUAUAUUACACCGAAAGCCUGCAUCACGUUCACACGCGCUGUAGACACGUUCUGGGUCUAUUUGGUGCUCCUUAGCUCGAAAGCGUGUCCUAAGGGGUAGGCUCUUAGUCUGAAUGGUAUCCUCUUUUGCA